UUCACAAAUGAAGGAAAUGACCUUAAAAUUGGGAAACCGAUUUCCCCCAUUUUUAAAAUACUUUUAAUAUUUCGCCAUGACUCAUGUGUUAAAAAGUGAAAUUAUCAAGCUAAGCGUUUUACAUUCAACUUCCUUGCCAUAAUGGUUGGUCGUAUGUUUAACCCAAGUAUGAACGAUUUAAAAAACCGUCUAACAAGCUUCUCACAGUGGCCAAAUAGUGGAGCCGUGAAGCCAAAGGAUUUGGCGGAAGCAGGCUUCUAUCAUAUUGGGAUUGUUGGUGACGAUACCGUAUGUUGUUUUAGUUGUGGAGGAACACUAAAUAAAUGGCAAAUCGGUGAUAUACCAGAGCAAAAACACAGAAGGUAUAAUACAUAGAAUUUGUAUUAAAACAUUAAUAGCGUGUAUUGGUGAAUGGUGGGAUUUAGACUGUUUACUUUGACGGCAGAGGGCAAUAUAUAGUAAAAAUAAACUUGUGCUAAUAGUUUAAUUUUGGAGACAGCAAAUUAUACUAAGCCACAUUUCCAACUCAUAUAAACAGCCAGUUGUGCUGUAAACGAUAAUGCUUAGGCCAUAUGGUUUAGAACAGACAAACAGAGUAUCUGUCAUGAUAUUAAACUAUCUAGUACGUAGUUCUUCUACACAGCCAAACUUGUAUGCAUUCCUUUCCCUGAAGUAUAUCCAUAUAUGUGUAUAAAUAUUUCUGAGAAAUCAGACAAAAAAUUGAAAAAACGAAGAUAUUGUAAAUCGGUGCUUCCACUUUAUGAAAGUUAGUCAAAUUUCCUUUGCAUACAAGUCUGUGAGCUCGGUCAGAUGUCUCUACAUAUAUCUGCAGCAAGAACUUCAGUUGUUCGGCCUAUGAGAAAAGUGAAGCCAAGAUCACGGAAUAGAGACACACAGAAGGUCAACUUAGCUGAAAAAAUAUAACUGCUGCUAUGCCAUGAUUUAUCAAAAUGCUGAUGCCAUGGUCCUAGCCAGUGUGCAUAUGAGAGGCAUUCACCCCCCUCAAAAUUAUGGCAGACGUUGGGUCUAUAACCAUGGCGUCAGCAUUGCAAUGGUUACGCCAAAAUCAUAGAGAGAACCAAGAAGUCGACCUUCUGUAACGUAAUGCUAAUCAAGUUUUCAGUUCAUAAAAUCAUAAUAUUAAUCUUUAAACCAAAUUAAAACUACGAAAUUUCCACUUUCUCAAUGUACUUUUUAGAUUAUUUGGAAAUCGUUGUGAAUUUGUACGAAGACGUGACACUGAUACCCUCGAAAGCUCAACAUGGUCGGAGUUGAAUCGGAAUAUCCCAGUGCAAACAGCGCCUGGUUUCGACCCGAUUGACAACGAUAUGGAACACGAGGACCAACGUUUGCGAAGUUUUGAAAGAAACAAUGGCUGGCGUGGGGAGGUGGAACCGCGGAAACUGGCUGCGGCCGGAUUUUACUACACUGGCAUAGACGACAAUGUAAAGUGUUUUGCAUGUGACAUCAGUUUGAGAGCGUGGCUACCUAGUGAUGACCCAAUAAAAGAACACCUUAAAAUUGAACCCAAUUGCAGGUAUAUAUCAAGGUUUGGCAACAAAUUUUCAAUAUCAUAUGCACCAAAUGUUUCACUGCAAGAGACUGGUUCAACUCAGCCCAACUUUGGGCAAACUCUUCGAAGCACAAGUUAUGAUCCAAGCAUAGUUCAUCAACCACCUGUUUCAACACCUGUGAACCGUAUGCCCGUUGCAAAGCCAAACUACGCCAGUGAACACGCUCGGCUACACACUUUCAUAAAUUGGCCUAAAGAUUGUCCCGUACAACCGAAGGAACUCAUCGAUGCUGGGUUUUAUUACACCCGCAAUGGCGAUAGGGUGGAAUGUUUUAAGUGUGGAAUUAUUUUAGCCGGUUGGGAGCCGCUGGACACGCCUUGGGGCGAGCAUGAGAAGUGGUCCAAGGAUUGUCCACUUGUUGUAGAACACCUUCGUCGACGUAACCCCUGCUCCCCUAGUCAAGGACCUAGGGCUCCAGGUUUCCCUCAAGAACAGACAUGGAUAAGUCCUCUAAAGGUUUUAUAUCCCCCUCCCCCAGAGGAAGGCCCUUCAGAAAUGGAGGAGGAAACAAAAGGGGAGGAGGGGAUGAAAGGGGAUGUGGUCCGAUUACCGCCUGAAGAAGGCGAAUGUUCAAAAAUGGUUGAACAGAACAAGAGGGCAGCAGAGGAAGGCAGCACCGAAGAUGAAAUAUUCUAUUUACAAAAAGCAGCCCAAAAAUUGGUGGAAGAUGGACAAUACAAUUAUGCAACUAUAAAGGAAGCCAUUCAACAAAAAACGAAAAUCGAAGGAGGAUCUAUCGAAAGUAUGGCCGACCUUUUAGAUGCAAUCCAGUCGUACCAAGAAAUGUCCAACCGAAAAAGCACCACCGCUACGGGGAAUAACCGGGUUGUGGCUAACAAUCCCGCAGGUCAGACAAGUGGGUUCUCCCUGGCGCUGGAUCCGGAGGCUUUGCAUAGACAGGUCCAGAAAUUGGAAGAUGCACACAGAUGCAAGAUUUGUCUCGACGCUGACAUAGGGAUAGUUUUUCUGCCGUGUGGUCAUCUGGUGUGUUGUCCAAAAUGCGCUCGAGAGCUACAGGCAAAAGGCGAUGCAGUGUGUCCAAUAUGUCGUAGGCAAAUAAAAAAUACGAUCCGAAGUUAUCUUACUUGAAAUUGUUCUCGAAUAUAUACUUCAUUUUCUGUUAAAUUUCCGUUUGCCCUGUCGGCCUGGGUACUUAACUGUCUCUAAAUUAGUAGGCACCAGAAAAUACUUACAUGCUACCUUUAAUCAUAAUGUUGUGUGUGUGCCAUGGACAGUUCAACUAGAAUUCAAUAUUUUUUAGUAUUUAUGAUUUUUGGUAAAAUAUAAACUAUGUUAGAUUGCAAAGCCUGAAAAAACGAUCGGACAUCGGACGUCCAACCAAAUUGUAAUAAUAAUGCAAAAAAUAUAUAAAUCGGUUUUCUUAAAAAGACUGGAUCAACCAUAAGCUCCAAAGUUACGUCUGUUUCAAAAAUAUAUACUGAUUUGGAAAGUACAACUUGUGAUGCUUAAUUACUUGAAAUUGUUCUAUAGCGUAAUCUGUACUACUUUAUAUGACUAUUUUAAUAGUCAAACGAUUUAAACAUAUAACGACUACACUUGCAGGCUAAUCCCACCCCAACAAAAUGGGAUAAUGUAAAUGCUUACCAUGUAUCCAUACAUAUAAUAUACCGUAUAUAACUUUAAAUAUUUCAUACAAUCAUUUUGUCAUGCACUGAAUAAACGCCAGACCUCUUCACGGUGAAAUACUCGAGCUUCAACAUCGCCAAAGCAAAGGCGCGGGUGAAAGGUCCCAAUUGCAACACCGACAUUAGCUCUUCGUCCGUGACUAUCGCGCUGUUUACUAUAAAAGGAGAAAGUUAAGCCAUUAAGCCGCAAUGCACCGUAUCUUGCCGCCCUGCACUGUCUAUAACGAUUAUACUGCAAAUAUCUAGGGAAGCUAUCG